GUCAGCCCCGAGUUGCGUCAGAGCAAGUGCAGGAACAAGUGGUUCAGAACAAUCCACCGGCACCAGCUGCCGCCCCUACUAUUGUUAUGCCCGCAGAGGUGGUGACCAGAUUAUUGAAUGUGUUGGAGGCAUUGGCGCCUAAUCAUGGUGGAAUUCCAGGUCCUCAGGCCACUUCACAAGCACAAGCUCAAGUUCAGUUGAAUGUUGCAGCUAAUCAGACACCUCAGUUGGCCCCUCAACAGGUUGUCCAGUCUGCAGGGCAAUCUAAGGAGUUUAAGAAUUUCAUGGAUCUUAAGAGCCUGUUUGGAUUGGCUUAUAAGUUACUUAUAAGUUGUUUUCAGCUUUUUUGAGUGUUUGGCUAGCCAGCUUAAAGUCAUUUUGUGCUUAAAAUAAGCUCAAAAAAAUAAUUGGGCCCAUUUGACUUAGCGUAUCUAAAGCAGCUUUCAGCUUAUAAGCCAAAAAAAAUAAAUUAGACUACCCUAACUUAUUUUUUUUAGCUUAAUAAAUUAGGCAUAAGCCCAUCCAAACAGGCUCUAAGCCACCAGAGUUUGAUGCUUCACCUACUUCUAUUGAACCUCAGAAGUUCAUUGAUCGUUGUGAAAAGAUAUUGACUACGUUGGGGCUGAAGGAGACUCGUGGUGUGGAAUUUGCCACUUUCUUAUUCUCAGGGUCUGCAGAGUCUUGGUGGAUUUCGAUUCAUAGAGGUAGACAAGCAGGGUUACCACCUAUUACUUGGUCAGAAUUUUUAGCACUGUUUAAGGGCAGGUUUAUUCCAUUAAGCAAGCAAGAUGACAUGAGACGUCAGUUCAAUAAUCUGCGGCAUGGAACUAUGACCGUUACAGAAUAUGAGGCCAAGUUUACAGAUUUAUCCAGGUAUGUACCUUAUUUGGUAGAGGAUCCGAGAGAGAAGGUGAGACGAUUUGUGGAUGGACUUGAGCAUCGCUAUCGUGGUCCUGUGGUACGAGAUGUGCGAUAUGGUACCUAUUCAGAUGUAGUUGACACUGCUCUCCGUUACGAGUCUUAUCUAGAGAUGGACAAAGUUGAGCGUGAAAGCAAAAAGCCACGUAACACAGGUGGGUUUAGUGGUGUUCCAUCUGGGGGCAAGAGUGGUUUUUAUCGUGGGCAGUCCAAAUCUACUCAGUCAGAAUCAGUGGUGCAGUCUUCUGGUGGUUAUUCCGCUAGACAGGGCCAGCAGCAGAUGCAGCGGAAGGGUAAUAGCUCAUAUCAGUCAGGUUAUCAUCCGAGGUGUUCUAACUGUGGUAGAAAUCACAGUGGUCGUUGCUUUGGGGCAGAUGGGGCUUGUUUUACUUGUGGUGAAAGGGGGCAUAUUGCUAAAUACUAUCCUAAAGGAAAUUCUGGUGCUAGUCGAGCUACUACACAGCCGCAGGGAACUACUACAGCUACACAGGGUCAGAUUCAGCCAGCUAGGACCGCUCCACAGGGUGCUCGUGGACAGGGUCGACAGGGUGCACAGGUUGCUCAGGGAGAGGGUGGACCGCCGAGAUUCUUUGCUAUGACCAGACAGGAUGUCGAGGCAUCUAAUGCAGUAGUCACAGGUAUUAUUACUAUUGGGUCUCAUGGUGCAUAUGCUCUUAUUGAUCCUGGUUCUACGUAUUCAUACUGUCGUUGAGAACGAGGCUGGUAAUUGAAGACUUCGUGAGUGGAUUCUGUUGCUGAGGUGAGCCACCGCAUUGUUCGUGGAGGCAGCCAUUUCAGCUUUAUCUAGUUUAUUUCUAGUUAUUUCUUUUAUUUUGGGUUUACAUGCCCGACACUCAAACUCAUGUAACUCUGUUAGAUGCUCCAUGGUCUUAGCGUGGGAUGUGGGCUAGAGAUUCUUUUUAUCUU